GCUCCAUUGGAUUUUUCCAGUAAAAAGAAAAAGAAGACCAAGAAUUUCCUCCCUUCUGACCUGCCCCAAUCUGAGGUGGCGCCUACUUCUACAAGAUCCGUUGAGAAAGUCGAAAACAAAAAGGAUGCGCCCAAGCCCAAAUCUAUCGAUGCACCCGCCGCCUCUACUAGCACACACCCAGUAAAAAAGAAACAUACAGCUGUAGGGUCAGUCACUGAGCAGCUUGAUGAGCUUGCGUUUGGCGAAAAAAAAAAGAAAAGGAAGGGUGUCCUUCGGCCUCUUAAUGAAUCUGAGCCUCAAUCUUCUAUAUCUGUUGCUCAAGGCUCUUCCACCAUCGGUGCUGUCGCCUCCUCCCAAGGUGGUGUGGAAACUGAGGCCACUGAAGGUGCAGCUCAAUCUGGCAACACUGGUUAUCCGUACGAUAUGCUUCUAGCACGAGUAUUUGCCCAAAUCCAGGCGCACAACCCGGAGCUGAUGUCUGACACGAAACGCCGAUUGGUGAUGGCACCGCCCUGCAUGGCUCGAGUAGGCACCAAAAAGACUCAUUUCACCAAUUUCAAUGGUAUCUGUCGCUCGCUUAAUCGUGACCCAGCUCACCUCUCUGCGUACCUGUUUGCAGAGCUGGGUACAACGGGCUCGGUGGACGCUAACGGGGCGUUACUAAUUAGGGGAAAGUAUCAGGCUAAGCAUAUUGAACCGGUGCUGCGAAAUUAUGCUCGUACCUACGUUCUGUGCAGCACCUGUCAAUCGCCCGAUACCGAAUUGUCCAGAGAUUCGCGACUUCUCUUCCUCCAAUGUAAAACGUGCCGUUCGCGCGUAACAGUGAAGAGUGUAACCUCUGGUUUCCAAGCUGUCACGGGGAAACGUGCUGCUAUUCGUGCAAAGACGCAAUAG